AUGGUCUCCUGCUUAGUCAAGCUUCCCUUUAUCACAAAGGAACUUGUGGUAUCCAUUGUCUAUGCCUCUUCAACAUCCAGUGAUUACAGAAAGGAGUUAUGGACAGAGCUCCAAGAAUUUGCGGUAUCACCACAUUGCCUCAACAAGCCUUGGCUGGUUCUAGGUGACUUUAAUCAAAUCUUGUACCCCCAUGAGCACUCCAACCCAAGCUUUGUAACGUCAACACGUGGAAUGCGUGAUCUUAGUCAGUGCCUGCUAAACUCUGGCCUAUCAGAUCUCCCAUACCAUGGCAACACAUUUACAUGGUCCAAUAAGCAUGAAGUGGACCCAAUAGCAAAGAAGCUAGAUAGAAUCUUGAUGAAUGAUGUCUGGUUUCAAGAACAUCCGCUUUCUCUAGGCGUUUUUGGUGAACCAGGGUUCUCAGAUCAUAGUCCUUGUUGUGUAUUCUUGGAUACUAUGAAGCCAAAGCCAAGGAAGCCUUCUAAGUUUCUAUCACUACUGAACAACAAUCCGGAGUUUGCAAACCUGCUAAGCACUUGGUGGAAUGCCGUUACCUAUGACUGCUCCAAAAUGCUAAAUGUUUCCAAAAAACUCAAGGAGCUCAAGAGCAUCAUCAAAGACUUUAGUAAACUGAACUACUCAAAUCUUGAAAUGAGGACUGCAGAGGCUUAUGAGGAACUACUCUCCAGUCAACAAAUCCUCUUGAGCACAAACUCUCCGCAAGUUGUUCAGCUAGAGAAAGAAGCACAUACAAAAUGGUCUACUCUGGCUAAAGUGGAAGAGUCUUAUUUGCUUCAGAAAUCCAGAAUUUGCUGGUUGGAGGAUGGAGACAGAAACUCUAAGUUCUUCUACCUUGUUGUGGCCUCGAGAUUGGCACAGAAUCAGAUACUUUACCUGUUGGAUGAGCAAGACCAGAUUGUCGAUUCAGAACAGGGUAUCCGGAAGCUAGCAGUGGAUUUCUAUACAAGACUCCUAGGAUCUAAAGGAUAUUCAAGGCCAUCAAUGGUGGAGGAGAUUCAGGGGAUUCUUCCACAGAGAUGCUCUGAGGCAGUAGUCCAGCUCCUGGACAGUAGAGUCACAGCAGAGGAUAUCAAAACCGUACUCUUCUCCCUACCAACCAACAAAUCACCAGGCCCUGAUGGCUACUGUGCAGAAUUUUUCACGGCAAAAUGGUCAAUUGUUGGGAAAGACAUUGUGGCAGCUGUCACGGAAUUUUUUACCACUGUUCCAAAUGCAUCUAAGAUGACAGAUUUCAGACCAAUCUCAUGUUGUAACACCAUCUAUAAGGUAAUCUCGAAGAUCUUAGCUCAAAGGCUUAAAGCAGUUCUCCUAGAGCUCAUUUCCAACACACAAUCUGCAUUCAUUUCGGGUAGACUCCUAGUCAAAAAUGUCUUGUUGGCAACAGAGCUGGUUCAAGGGUACAACCAAGUAAACAUCUCCGAGAGAGGUAUGCUGAAGGUAGAUCUCAAGAAAGCAUUUGACUCGGAGCCAAAGGAUUACGACAAGGUGACUCAGUGUCCUCUUAUCUAUUUACUCUCGCAAUGGAGCUAUCAACUCAGUCCUGCAGAAUUCACACAUAUUUCUGGUCUUGAAAUGAACAGAGCAAAGACGGAUUUGUUCCUUGAUGGAGUGAACCAUCUUGAAAGCAAUCAGAUAGCUUCACUUGGCUUCAAUCUUGGUUCACUUCCCAUUCGCUACUUAGGGCUUCCUCUGAUGCACAGAAAGCUUCGUAUUGCUGACUAUCGACCUUUAAUUGAGAGCGUCACUGCAAAGUUCUCCUCUUGGUCGGUCCGUGCUCUGUCCUAUGCUGGUAGGAAGGAGCUGAUAUCUACGGUAAUCUAUGGCACAGUCACGUUCUGGGUCUCUGCUUUCAUUUUACCAAAAGGUUGUCUAAAAACUAUUGAGAGUCUAUGCUCAAGAUUUCUGUGGAAUGGUGACAUAACAAGGAAAGCAAAUGCAAAAGUCUCUUGGACAACUUUAUGUUUGCCUAAAGAAGACGGAGUUUUAAGAUUCUGGGACUUUAGUCAAUGGAAUAGAAACCUGAUGCUGAAGCUAAUAUGGAGAUUGUUCUCGGCGAGAGACUCUUUAUUGGCAGAGUGGAUCAGAAACAACAAAAUCAAAGAUGCGGUUUUUUGGUCUAAUGAUGAAAAGAAGCCUAACUCGUGGACAUGGAAAUCUCUCCUCCACCUGCGGCCAUUGGCCAUCCAAUUUAUCAGAUGCAAACUGGGAUCAGGCACGACAGCUAGCUUCUGGUACAACUGGUGGACUCCCCUAGGUCCGCUGAUUCGACUGUUUGGACACUCGGGUCCUUCUCAAACAGGUAUCCCUCUGACCGGUUCCGUAGCUCAAGCUUGCUCUUCUUCAGGUUGGUGCUUACGACCCGCGAGAUCUCCUCAGGCAGAACUCCUUCACAUUCAACUGUCCACAAUCACAGAACCUACAUCAACCUCAGAAGAGGACUCAUUUGUGUGGAGUAUAGAGGAUACAAAAUAUGAUUGCUUCAAUACAAAGAAGACAUGGGAAACUAUCAGGCAUAUGCAACAUCCGCUUCCCUGGACACCACAUGUAUGGUACAGAGGAGCGGUCCUGAGGCAUGCUUUCCUGAUGUGGCUUACUCAUCUUGAUCGGCUUCCUACUAGAACUCGUCUAGCAAGCUGGGGAAUGCAAGUUGACACAACAGCCUGCUGUGUCUGUGAUACCCAUCCUGAAAUAAGAGAUCACCUUUUCUUGCAUUGUGAUGUCAGUGAAGAUAUCUGGUUAGAAGUGACUCGGAGAUUAGGCUAUAGCCCGUUUGUAUUCCACACCUGGGAUGCUUUUUCAGCUUAG